AUGAGUGCCGCACUCUGGUUUGCUUUUUGCACUCUGCUGCUCUUCUAUCAGGGAUCAGCUCAAUUUUUAGAGCAGAAAUGUGGAAAACAACAGACUGUCUUAAUUCCCCAUCCUUGGCUGGUUACAAUUCGAAAUACAACAAAUUUGGAAUUCAUCUGCGCUGGCACGCUUAUCAACGAACGUUAUGUCCUGACAGCUGCGAGUUGCAUAAAAAAAGGAACCCAACUCAUCGUUCGCUUGGGAGAACAAAAUCUAGACACCAAAUAUGAAGAUAACAUUGUAGCGAAAGCGAUAGUGCACAGGUCACCAGAACAGAAUGAUAUAGCUCUGCUCAGAUUGAAAACGAAUGUCGCAUAUAACAAUCAUACACAACCUAUAUGCAUUAUAGUAAAUGUUGAACCAAACUCAAAAGGAAAUACCUAUGAGAUCAGCAGAGAAGAUCGAAAAUUGCCUAAAGAAGUGGAAUGUUCGUGGUAUAGACCAAUUUUGGCUUUUUUAUACUUUUUAAAGCCUUGCCCAAGCAAAAAAGAAGAAGUUAAAUUAUCUCCCAUUGAAAAGGGAAGUCCUAACCACCUUUUUAAUGGCGGAAUUUUUCUUCAAAAGGGAAUUCUGAGCUUUCAUAAUUCGACGACAAAUAAGGACACAUACACCGAUGUAGGGACCUAUGCCGACUGGAUUCUACCAAUCGCGCUGGAAGUGGAUAUCAUCAUGGCUCCAGAACCGCUGUUACCAUAAAUCCCAACUUUUUCACAUAAAGGUUUUUAGUUCUUGUACUAAUAUUUUUAUUACCUCUUAAUAACAAAUAUUAUUUACGUAUGCACAA